UACAAUUGAUGUCGUCUGUCUUUCAUCAGACCAACUGGCAACUUUGCUGUAACCAUUCACACAGCUUAAUUAACUAAUGUUAAAUACUGCUGUCAUUCUUGUUGCUGUUUGUUGGCAUUUGACCCUUAUUUGAGUUUAAUCAAAAUUUUCUGAAGUUAGUGAAACAUUAAGUGCUGAACCAUCUAUGUCAUUCACAUAUUCCUAUAGUUAAUUAUUUGACUCAAGAGAUUACUUAUUAUGGAGGUAAACAAAGAUGAAGCAGAAAGGUGCAUUGAAAUAGCUGAAAAGUUCAUUUUAGAAGGCAACCGAGACAAAGCUGAAAAGUUUCUUCAAAAAGCUGAAAGACUAUAUUCAACACAGAAAGCUAAAGAUUUGUUGGAAAGAUUACAACAGUUUAACAAUGCAACACGAAGACCUUCAUCACCCCAAACAGAAGAGUCUGUGCCAAGAAAGCGGUUUGCAGCUCCAAAGAAGGAAGAAACCACUGACAAUGACUACACCAAAGAUCAACUUGAAGCUGUACGAAGGAUAAAAAAAUGCAAGGACUAUUACGAGAUCCUUGGUGUGGAAAAAGAUGCCUCAGACAAUGACAUUAAAAAGGCAUACAAAAAACUUGCACUUCAGCUACAUCCUGAUAAGAACAAAGCUCCUGGUGCUGCUGAGGCUUUUAAAGCAAUUGGGAAUGCGGUGGCAGUGUUGACCGAUGUGGAGAAGCGGAAGCAGUAUGACAUGUAUGGAGCGGAUGAGGAGAAGCUGCAGCGACACAGUGGUCGCACACAUCACGAGUACAACUAUACUCGCGGCUUCGAAGCUGAUGUAACCGCAGAAGAGCUGUUCAACAUGUUUUUUGGCGGAGGCUUUGCAAGCCCAAACAAUGUCUAUGUAAGACGAGGCAAUCAAUGGCGGCGGCAAGACACUCACCCUCAACAGCAAAGAGAGGCGAACGGAUACACAAUAUUCCUACAGAUGUUACCAAUAAUGUUAGUUGUCAUACUUUCAAUGAUGAGUUCAUUAUUCAUCUCAGACCCUGUCUAUAGCCUCACAGCCAGCCCAAAGUUCCCAGUAAUACGUAACACGAUGAAUCUGCGAGUGCCAUAUUAUGUGAAAGAAACGUUUCACAACGAGUACCAAGGAUCAUUGCGGAGGUUAGAGGCUUCAGUGGAGGAGGAGUAUGUGACCAACUUACGACAUGCUUGCUACAGGGAGAAGAAUUAUAGUAAGUAACACAAGUUGAUUGAGA